AUGAUUGCACAGCUAUUCACACGAAGGCUUAUCCUGUGGGAAGUCCACAGUUGCCUCGGCCGGCAAGUAGCUGAGAGGCUUUUCUUCCUAGGGGACAUUGAAAGCGGACGUCUGCAAGGGGGCAGAUACGUGUGGUUGUCAGGGUUAUCUUUGCUGGUGGUAUUCUCAGCGGUGAUUGCGAUCAGGGAUUUACACCUUCCAGAAUACAAUCCACUUCAACUUUUCAUCGCAUCGAAUCCUCACGAAUGGUACGAUAACAAUGCUGAGAAAACGUUUGAGUUUGUUGAACAAAAGAUCGCUAUUCCUCUAUAUGCACGGCUUGUCUGGGGCGUGAAGACGGUGAAUUCGACGGCAAUGUUCCGAUCUGACGCUGUCACCCCUCUGGAAUCAGAUCCAUCGUUCUCAUUGUCAACGCCACAACACGUGCACUCAUUAGCCAAUACACUCACUUCAUUUCGAGGACUUCCAUUUGUCAACCAUUCCCAAGCGUUUUGGCCGGAGAGAUUCGUCGAAUGGAGUGCUAGUUUCCGUUGCGUUGAAGGGUACGUCUGCUGCAACAUGUCUCAUCAACUGUUUAGUGACCUGUUCUUGGAUUUUUGUCUCCGCAACUCCACUUCUUACCUUUUUACCUCAUACAAUGACACUCCGCUCUUCGACAACAACUCGUUCGCUCUAACCGGGUACACGGCCCUUCUACCGACGCAUCUCUCGUAUUCUCAUCGCUUUCAUAAGCUGGCGCACUCUUUUUCACUGCUUUCCACUCUCUCUUCACCACAUGGAUGGUGGGUUCCUGAAUGGGCCCUCAUAUCCACUUGGUAUGACCUUCAACGAUCAAUUGUGUCUGAUAUCCGCUCGUCUGUCAUUGUGUCCAUAGCUGUUGUGGCCCUUUUCUCGUUGAUCCAGCUGAGAAUGCAGGCAGUGGCUGCAGUCAUCUCUUGUAUGUGCAUCAUCGCAUGUUCAGUGGGUUGCGUUACGUUGCUCGGCUGGGAGAUUGGAGUGCUCGAAGCGGUCAUUCUGGUGCUUGUGGUCGGUCUCUCAUUCGACUACACACUACACUAUGGAGCUGCCAUCCCCAAGAGCGGCUGUAAGUCGCAUCGAAUCCAGCGGGCUGCUCAACUUGCCGCCGCACCCGUCACCCUUUCCGCUUCCACAUCAUUCCUUGCUGGAGCAUCCAUGCUCUUCUCUCAGACACACGCCUUCUCCCAGGUCGGGGUCUUCCUAAUAGUGUUGACGUUGUGCAGUUGGGUUUUCGCGACGUUCUUCUUCCUGCCACUGCUAUUUUUCUCGGUUCGUUCCACGAAACGAUGCGAUGAUUGUAAUAGUUUGGCUAUUCCUUCGUAUCCGUUGAACGAGAAAUUUCGCUCGUAA